AUGCGUCAUCUCACUAGCACGGCUAGAGCACUAAAACGUAUCAAGACUCGUAGGUCUUACGAGGGAUUCAGAAAGACAUCUCAACGGCCUAAAUCUCCCCCCACAAGGUCCUACGCAAGGGCCUUAAACGUAAAGGCUGAGGCUACUACGCCUACACGAUCAUCUCAGUCGGCAUUGGAUAAAAGGCCAAUUAAAGAACAUCCGAUGCCAUUUAUAACAGACCUCUCCAACACUUGCAGCUAUUGUAGUCAUAAGCACUACAUCGCCUUUUGCCCUCUCUUCAAGAAUUUAAAUCAACAGAAGAAGGAGAAGGUCAUAGCAGAAUCUCGCCUAUGUUAUAACUGCUUGGGCAAGCAUAACGUUAGGCAAUGUAGGAGUACUAGGCGAUGCAACCAGUGUGGAGAUCGGCACCACACGCUCAUACAUCCUGAGAAAAGGAUGACAUCGUCCAGGACAUCUCCUCCUACAACCAAGACAUCUCCUCCUACAACCAGAACAUCUCCUCCAUCGUCUAGGACAUCUCCUCCAACAUCGUCUAGGACAUCUCCUCCUACAUCAAGAUUAUCGCUGCCAAUCUCAAGGACUUCAAGCUCUCUCUCAGAGACAACACAGACAUCUCAGMRAGUCUCGUCCUCGCAGGGCUCACGGGUAUCGUCGGAUGAGUCACCGAGAGAGGAUCGUCGUAAAUCUUCCAAAAAGUCAUCUCAUCGCCGAUCCUCUAGUCCGAAGUCAUCAUCAUCCACUUCCGGUACAUCGACUCCCAGACCUCUCUCCCAACCGAAGGCUUCUGUUCAUGGCUCCUCUCACAAGUCAUCUUCAACUCAAUCAUCUCCUCCUAAGUCUAUACCUACCAAGAAGAGUUCUUCUCAGAACUCUUUAAAAAAGGCGUCCUCAGAAUGA